AUAUUAUAAAUAUUAAAAAAAAAAUUAGUAAUUUUAUUGUGUGUGUGUGUUUGUGCGCGACCGCCAGUUUGGUUUGUUCUUAUUUUUUUUGUCGUAGUUUUAAUUUUUUACCGACAUUAACACUUAUCUUAAUAAUUAUUAUUAUUAUCACUGCCGGUAACGCACCACCGUCGGGUUACACGAUAAUAAUACAAGGUACCUACCAUGUCGGUUCGGGUCCGCGACAAAGGAUAACACACACGCAGCUUUUGCCAAAGGCAGCGUAGGUAUAUUACCGGCUGUAUAAUAAUUUUUGUGCUUACCGACAAUGGUCGACGUGCAAAUGCUGGAAAGACUGACCAAAGACGACAACAAACGGGACAGGCGACAGCAGUCCGAUGGACAGCUCUACUGUCAGCACGUCAGGACGUGUGCCACCACCGGACACCAUAAGACCAAAUGUGCCACACAGGAUUUGUUCGAGCUGCUCGAGCGGGUCCAGAGCAACCGAUUAGACGACCAGAGAUGCGUAUUACCCGCUUACUUCGCCCAGACGUCCAGAGAUGACAGAUCAACGGGCACGGCACCGCCUCCGGAAUCGGCCGGCAACGGGUCCCGCGAGCUCCUGGAGGAGACGUUGAAAGGACCUAAGCCCUACCCGAACAUCGUGUUGCCCACCGGCGGAGGUUUCUGGAUCGACGGCCAGGACCAGAACGACUACGAAGCCACGGCUCCGGGAGGUCCCAGCACUUGGAACAACAAAAUCGAAACCGACGACACGGCCAAAGCGUACCGCAGAUACUUUAUGGGCAGAGAACACUUCAACUUCAUAGGCACGGACGAUCAGCUAGGACCGGUGCUGUUGAGCGUGAAGACCGAAAGCGUCGCUUCCCAAGAGCACACCAGACUUCUGUUGCGGUUGCGGACCGGUACCACGCACGAGCUGGUCCCAUCGUCUUGCGCCACGUCGGCGCCGCACCACAUGGCCAGACUUUUGAACGAUCAACUAACCGUUACCAAUUUGACACCUGUGUUGAGCUCCAAAGCGUCUCAGCUGAUAUCCGCCUACGACGAACACGUGCUCGUGUCGCAUUUCAAAUUCGGCGUGCUCUACCAAAAAUUCGGACAGUCCAGCGAGGAAGACUUGUUUUCCAACCAACACACCUCUGCCGCGUUCGAUCAGUUCCUUCAGCUGCUCGGCCAGCGGAUACAGCUGAAAGACCACAAGGGAUACCGCGGCGGCUUGGACACACAGUUCGGCCAGACGGGCGACGAAGCGGUUUAUCAGGUGUUCAAAGACCGAGAAAUCAUUUAUCACGUGUCGUCACUGCUGCCGUACACGGAUAACGACCCGCAACAGCUGCAAAGAAAAAGGCACAUCGGCAACGACAUCGUGGCCAUAGUGUUUCAAGAGUCCAACACUCCGUUCACCCCCGACAUGAUCGCGUCACAUUUCCUGCACGCAUACAUCGUCGUCCAGGUGAUCGACGCCAACACCCCUAACGUCAGGUACAAAGUGAGCGUGACGGCGCGAGACGACGUACCUUUCUUCGGGCCGACCCUACCGAACCCGGCCGUUUUCCGGCACGGGCCCGAGUUCAAACAGUUCCUGCUCACCAAAUUGGUAAACGCCGAAAACGCGUGCUACAAGGCGCACAAGUUCGCCAAGUUAGAGCUGAGGACGCGAACGUCGCUGCUGCAUUCGUUGUGCGAGGAGCUGAAAGACAAGACCAGAGAUUUCCUAGGACAGCAGUCGUGCGAAGCCAGCGUUUCCGGUAUCGGUCCGGAACUGGCCAAGUCGGGUUCGUCUUCGUCGUCGUCCGAGUACGGAAACGGUACGAUAUCCGGAGCUGGCAGCAGGUUCAUAGACACGGUGCGCAAAGCGCUCAUAGCCAGGGUGAAAACGCAAUCCGCGUCCAACGUCGAAGCCAACAACAACACCCUUUCCAAAAAAAUGAGCAGUUGCUCGAUGGACGGAAACGUACCCAACUUUGGACGAACGUUGUCGAAGAGCAGUAAAAAGAGUUCGCCGUCUUCGCCCAUAUCCAGUCCCGACAUUCAUCCCGUGCACAGGACUUCCAGUGGUGCCAGCCGAGUUGCAAUGUCGGAAAGCGAUUCGUCGUCGCUGAACAGUGUAGAACUCGACGGUAUGGGCAUCGCCGGCACCGUCGACAGCGACACCGGUCUGGAGAGUAUGUCUUCGGCCGAGACACCCAGUGGCAAACCUUGCAGCUUGUGCUGCGAUUCGCAAAACGGAGAUUCCCGAGUGGAAGGGCUAAGGCAAGACGUGACGAGGCUGAAGUGCGACAAACUGGAACUGCUCCGGCAAAACGUGAGUUGCCAGCACGAAAUCAAAAGGUUACGCGAAAAGGAACUAGUCCUGCAGUCGGAGCUCACCUCGGCCUCCAAGGAGAUUCUCAGAUUGAGAGAACUGUUGAAAAACUACACCACCAAUCCGAGCGCGUCGACGGUUUAAAUGAAAAGGAACCGCGGUGGUCCCUACCAUGUCCACCACAUACCGUAUACCGUGACCAAACCAAACGGUAACCACUACCAUGACGACGGCAGCUGGUGAAUUCGUUCGCCCUUUGCGCAAUACAACAACAAUAUUUAUUAUUAUUAUUAUUAUUGCACAACGCUAUACCAAAGUAUUAUGAUAUAAUUAUUAGUAAAAUAUGAAAUUUGUUUACCCGCGUGGUAAUAAUAAAUAAAACAAAAUAUUAAAUUGUUUAAAAAAAAAAACAAAAUUAAUAAUCGAUUAUAUCGUUAUUUUAUUUAAUGAUAUAAAAUACAUAUUAUAUUUAAAUUAUUAUAGUUAUUAUGAAAUAAAUCUAUAUUAGGUCCACCUACCUAUAUAAUUGCUUACCUCUAACGUCACAUAAACAUACAACGGUCAAUUACCGUGUAAAUUAUUAUUAUUAUUAAUUAAUCGAUAACACAAUAUACGGAUACUAGAUUAUACCUAUAAUGUAUAUGUUUUUAUUAUUAUUUAUAGUUGUAAACUAAAAACAUACAACCGUUAUUUGUGAUUGUAUAAAGCGCAUACCAAAGCAUUGGGCACAUAAUUUGUGAGCAUCACGGUCGCCUGCCGUGUAGUCGAUCAUGAUGUGCAAAAGGCACAAUUUUUUUUUUUUAGCAUUUAAGUAUUUAUUACGGAUGAUCCUAACCGCCGGUUUGGCGAAAUUUUGUGUAAAUCAUGUAUAAGUAUAAAAAAAAAAAAGUAUUCUAGUGUAAAAGAAAUUAAAAAAAAAAAAAAACGUUAAGCCUAUAUCACAAGGAUUUAUCAUAGUGUUACUGUUUUAUUAUUAAUUUAUAACGUUUGACGGAUUAGAAUAGAUUAUAAUAUAGUACAUUAUAAUAUUGUUAGGUCGAAACCUUUGAAAAUAAUUAUUGUUGGAAUGAAAACCACUUUAUGACACCUUUUUUCUCCUACAUUAAAAAUAUACAAAAGAAAACAACUAUUAUUGCAGUCAUCGCUCGUUUGUGUACCUACACAUUUUUUUUUUU